AUGGCGGACCUUAAAGAACGCCUUCUCCCUCCAAAACCAGCAUCAGCUAUAAAUCUUAGAGAUUCAUCUUAUAGACCAUCCGCCUCUGGACGACAACCUUUCCAAAGUGUUGAUGUUCUGGGUUUGAAAAAGCGUGGCCAAGGAGUUCGAUCAUGGAUUCGUGUUGAUUCAUCUGGAAAUUCCCAAAUCAUCGAGGUUGACAAGUUCACUAUGAUGCGACGUUGUGAUCUACCUGCUCGUGAUUUACGCCUGCUUGAUCCUCUUUUUGUUUACCCCUCAACAAUCCUUGGUAGAGAGAAGGCUAUAGUUGUAAACUUAGAGCAGAUUCGGUGUAUUAUUACAGCUGGUGAGGUUCUACUUCUAAAUUCCCUUGACAGCUACGUAUUGCAUUAUGUAGUGGAGCUACAAAGGCGAUUGACGACACCAGGGGUAGGUGAGGUAUGGCAGUCCGAAGGUGCUGAAUUAAAUCGAAGGAGAAGUAGGAAUUUUGACAGUGUAUUUGGGAAUACAUCCCCUGACUAUUUGCCCUUUGAGUUUAGGGCUCUUGAAGUUGCUCUGGAAGCUGCCUGUACAUUCCUUGAUUCUCAGGCAGCGGAAUUAGAAAUUGAAGCAUACCCAUUACUAGAUGAACUGACAUCUAAGAUCAGUACAUUAAACUUGGAGCGUGUACGAAGAUUAAAAAGCAGACUUGUUGCCUUGACUCGGAGGGUUCAGAAGGUAAGGGAUGAGAUUGAGCAGCUCAUGGAUGAUGAUGGAGAUAUGGCUGAAAUGUAUCUCACUGAAAAGAAAAGUCGGAUGGAAUCAUCAUUCUACGGUGAUCAAUCUUUGAUGGGAUUUAGAUCAAAUGAUGGUGGGACAUCUAUUUCUGCUCCAGUUUCUCCUGUUUCAUCACCCCCUGAUCCACGAAAACUUGAGAAAAGCCUGAGCAUUGCAAGGAGCCGACAUGAGAGUAUGAGGAGUACUGAAAGUGCUACUGAGAAUAUAGAAGAGCUGGAGAUGUUGCUAGAAGCGUACUUUGUUGUCAUUGAUAGCACCCUGAACAAGUUGACAUCGUUGAAGGAGUACAUUGAUGACACAGAGGAUUUCAUCAACAUUCAGCUGGAUAAUGUCCGAAAUCAACUGAUCCAAUUUGAGCUUCUACUCACAACAGCAACAUUUGUUGUUGCCAUUUUUGGAGUUGUGGCAGGUAUCUUCGGCAUGAAUUUUGCCAUACCAUUGUUUGAUGAUGAGGGUGCAUUUAAAUGGGUCCUCAUAAUUACUGGCGUAACAGGAGUCAUAAUAUUUUCUGCGUUCGUAUGGUUCUUCAAGUACAGAAGACUUAUGCCUCUAUAG